GUCUGGGCUCUUGCACCGGGAGCCAGACGACACAUGACGCCUCGCUCCGUGUGACUCCGCCGUUCGCUCGUUUUUUUUUUAUGGAAAUUACGCAUUUUCCUUUGUAGACAGCAGCCGGCGCGUCCUUGUGUCUCCAGACGCACCAGUGUGUGGCUCAUUUAGCCGUGAUGACAUCACGGUGAGGACCAGGAGACAUUGGUCCCCACCGCCUGCACGCGAGAAAACAAACCCGAACCCCGUCACUGUACAGUCACACGCACGGAGACUGACUGACUGACUGAUUGAUUGAUUGAUUGGUGGGUUGACUGACAGGGAGGUGGUGAUCGGUUGCCAAUAAUCGUCCCGGGGGUCGCGUGCGCAGCAGCAAAUUGUGAGGUUUCAUCUUUUUUACAAAGAAAGCUAAAAACACUGUGGAGCGGGGAAGGCGAGCCUCAUGAGUCGGCCUCGUGGCUUGCAUCGUCAAAAUGGAUUUAACUAAGAUGGGUGUGAUCCAGCUCCAGAACCCCAACCACCCCACCGCCCUGCUGCAGAAGGCCAACCAGAUGCGUCUGGCCGGGACCCUGUGUGACGUGGUCAUCAUGGUGGACACUCAGGAGUUCCACGCCCACCGGACCGUGCUCGCCUGCACCAGCAAAAUGUUCGAGAUCCUCUUCCACCGCAACAGCCAGCAUUACACCCUGGACUUUCUCUCACCAAAGACUUUCCAGCAGAUUUUGGAGUAUGCUUACACUGCCACGCUACAGGCAAAGGUGGAGGACCUGGACGACCUCCUGUAUGCAGCCGAGAUCCUGGAGAUCGAGUACUUGGAGGAGCAAUGUCUCAAGAUCCUGGAGACCAUCCAGUCCUCGGACGAGAACGACGUUGCUAAUGACGGAAGCACGGAGGAGGACGAAGAGCGCAAAGGCCACAACGGAGCCAAGAACUCUAAACAACAUUCCAUGGUGAGUCCCUAUCUGACCGCUUCCCAGCACGCCUCCCUGUCUGGGAUGGUGGACCAGAGUCCCUCGGUGUCCACCUCCUUCAGCGUCUCCAGCCUGAGUCCCACCAAAGCUGCUGUGGACAGCCUGAUGAGCAUCGGCCAGUCUCUGCUCCAGCAGGGCUUCUCUGCCGAGCAAAUUGUCCAAGCCAACGCCCACCACCUGAUGACCGAGAUCAAGACUGAGAUGAUGCAAGUGGACAUGGGAGGCAACGGCCACGACAGCCAUCAGAACAUGGAGUCCAGCGCCUCCAGCAACGGAGAGCGAGGUGGCGAGGACAGGAACCGAGACGGCCCCGGCACACCGACCAGGAGCAGCGUGAUCACCAGCGCCCGAGAGCUGCACUACGUCCGCGAUGACGGCAUGGGCGACCACCACGCCGAGGUCACCCAGAUGGGGCUGGAGGCGAUGGCUGGGAUGACGGAGAAGCACCUGGCCUCGCUGUACGCCCUACCCGUCAAUCACAAAUCAGAUGGCAUCAUGUCCAUGCCAGUUUCCAUGGCCUCCGCUCUGCCCAUGUCCCCGGCCCUGGCCAUGUCUAUGGACUUCAGUGCCUACGGGGCCCUCCUGCCUCAGAGCUUCAUCCAGAGGGAAUUCUUCAACAAGCUCGGGGAGCUGGCGGUCGGCCUGAAACCAGACGGCAGGAACCAGCACGAGCGAUGCAAUGUCUGCGGUGCAGAGCUGCCAGACAACGAGUCCGUGGAGCAGCACAAGUAAGACCGAGUUCUCUACUUACUGAUUGUCUUGGUCUUGAAAUGUACGAUGCUUUUGAGCAUAUUUAUUUGUCCAGUGAAUCAAUUCUCCUGGUUGAUUCUAGGUUUCGUUUAUGUGAAACUGAAAUCGAUAGUCUUAAGUCAUAUUAGUUCCAUGAUUGUUGUGUGGAACAGUGACUCGAUUUUAAACCUUUCUCGGUUGUAAGUCACCAGUUUGUGCCUUUGACAAUUAGAAUGUCUUCCUCAUGGAGAACAGAUGAAUUUAGAUUUUCUAAAUCUCUAUUUGAGUAGGUGACACAAACCUAAGUUCUGUUUCCUGAGAUCCUCCCCUUCAAUAAAGGCCGAGCCCAGAUUGUGGGUGGCAGCUAUAACACACUUACCAAAAGUGAUACCCCCUUAUCCCGGACCCACUCUCCUCCUCCUUCUCAUAACUGCACACGGGCGGGGGCCCUGAUUAGCCUGAUAAUUAGAGUAAGCGGUCAGCCCAGGAUAUGAGCGCUGAACCUGGGCUCAGAGACCGGGGACAAGGGGAGUGGUGGUGAACCAGCACAGCGCUACUUCAAUCAGGCAAUAGAAAGUGAUCUCAAGGUCUGGAAACUUCAGUCUGAACACUGGAACCAACCUGGAGACUCUUUUCCAAACCUCCCUCAGAACUUGGUGUCAUAGGUCAGCAUCCUCUGCAUCUUUCAGACUUCUCAUUAUCAGUCCUGUUGAAUGUACUUGCCUCACCUCUUUGUGCGGUUUUGCACCGUCACAGUUCUUUUUAUUUAUUUAUUUAUUUUUUAACCCAGAGGCCUUGUUCUUACCUUGAGCGCCACCUUCUCACCUUGCAGUGUUUGUUUAAAUCAAUCGGAAUGCACUGUGGUUAAAGUUCACAUGAGGAUUUGAACCCGAUCACCCAUCCCCUUGUGCCCUAGCUGGUAUCUUGGUAUGCACAGAUCCAGUCCCAAGCUUCUCUGCUUCUAAAUCUGAUUUGGACUCGUCUCAUAAAAAAACACAGAAUAUCGCAGAAUGGCUGUUCCCCCGAAGAGAGGUGGUCUUUGUUUGCAGUUUUGAAGUUAAUCUUAUUGUGCAGUGAUUUUUGUUUUUAUUCGGAUGGUCAGUUACUCUGCAGUUUCGUGGGGUUGACACAAAGAGCGCUCGCUAUCGAUCAGAGCUCAUUAUUCACGGGAUAAAAACCGGCAUUUCUGCUCAGUCCGACUUUAUUAAUCGUUGUUUGAAUUCCCCGAGCUGCGUUCAGAGGCUUCGACAACAGCUUUCCAAAAUGCUCUGCAGCUCCUGUGAGUGAUGCAGGGAUGUGGCGUCGCCGUGCUAAAGGACAGGCUACACACUCGUCUCUGUCUGGAGGAAAAAAAAAAAGAAAAAGAAAAGUCUGGCGUGUGAAAUGGUUGCCUGCGUUUCAAGAGGAAUUUCAUCAAUUCGCUCAAGCUGGGAAAUCUUGUAUCAAAGGAGAUUUCCAAACUGUUUCAUGCAUUGAUCUCGACCCGCCUCGCCCCAUAGCAUACUAAUGGGUUAAUUUAGACUGGUUGAUACACCGACACGACACUGUUUAAUAUUGUACGUGCUGUCCUGAAAGCCUCCUGAAGUGGGGAAAUCAAACAUUGCAUCAUCCGGGGCCGCCUUGCUCUGCCAUCCGCACAUGAAAGGUCUGCUGUGCUUCCCUGAGAUGCUUGAUAAUUCAGACGCUCCUCGUGUCCUCACAAAUUCCAGUGUGGGUCAUUUGAUGGCAA